GAUCAUCAGUUUUUCCUUCUCGUCACUCCUUUGCGGUCAAUUCAUAUAAUAAAUAACAAUAUAGACUUGCUAUAACAAUGGCAUCCCCCCGUGCUUCAUCUCCUCUUGCAUCCGGCACCGAAUCUGGCCCAGACAGCAAAUCCGCCAUAUCUGGGGGUGCCGCCGUCUCAUCUGGCUCGGCCGCCAACCGUCCUUCAUCACCUACUCCCCCCGGUGGUCCUCGUACUGCUCUUCGUCGCCGGGCUGCUGCCGACCACAAGGAAUCGCUGCGUAAUGCGCGGCCAGCAUCUACCCGUGCUGCUGGUGCCGGUGGUUCUUCGGGGACUAUGUUGAAGCUCUACACUGAUGAGAGCCCUGGUCUCAGAGUUGACCCUGUCGUUGUUUUGGUAUUGAGUUUGGGAUUUAUCUUUUCUGUUGUUGGAUUGCAUGUUAUCGCCAAGAUCACUCGCAAUUUCUCUUCAUAAAUAACGAUAAUACUCGUCGAUUGCUUACCAAUCACCGAACGGAUUAUUUACGCCAGGCCAGUCCGUUCUACCAUACUUCUUGUUUCGCAGAUAUUACCUCAUCUGCUUCACACAAAUACCCCUUUUUCUCGAUCCCACUUUUUCCGAACCUUCUUGUAUCCGAUUGAAAUACCAUUCCCUGGCGCUAUUGUGGCGAAGCUUUUGUUCUCGUAAGAUCAUGAAGCUUACAGCCUGUUUCUCUUUUGUCUGCUGCACAAAAUUCAUUCAAGCAAGUCAUCAGCCACGGUGGGAAGGGAAGGAAAGGAAAGGAAAAUUACAAUCUGUAUUAUAUCGCAUGAAUUCCAUUAAUGGAGUUGUCCUUUCUGCUCGUUCUCUCCGCAGAUGGUUGAAGUGGUCGAAUCUAGAACCUUACACAGCG